AUGGCGACUGUACCAUUAUUCAGCCAAUUCCCCUGCAAAACCCGAGUCUCAAGUUCAUCGAACCCUAAAUCCAUCCCAAAAUCUCCGACUAUUGUUCCGGCGAGUUCAAUUAGUCGCCGUCCGGGGUUCUCAACCGGAGAAUUCGCUGUUUCCCAUGCGGAUUUCAGAGUCAGAGUCACUGACGCGGAAGACGAAUGGGGUCCGGAGAAGGGAGAGAGAGGAUCGGCUUUAUCGGUGGCGGAGGAAGCAAUCGAAUCCGUGCAGGAGACGGAGCGGCUAAAGAGAUCGCUAGCGGAUUCGUUGUACGGAACAGAUCGAGGUUUGAGUGCUUCGAGCGAGACCAGAGCCGAAAUCGGAGAUCUAAUCACACAGCUCGAGUCGAAGAACCCUACCCCAGCUCCAACCGAAGCUCUCUUCCUCCUCAACGGCAAAUGGAUCCUCGCCUACACAUCGUUCGUUGGUUUGUUCCCGUUGCUUUCACGAGGGAUUGUGCCUUUAGUAAAAGUCGAUGAAAUCUCACAAACCAUUGAUUCAGAUAACUUCACUGUUCAAAACUCUGUUCGUUUCGCUGGUCCUCUAGCUACAACUUCAAUUAGCACCAACGCCAAGUUCGAAAUCCGAAGCCCUAAACGUGUCCAGAUUAAGUUCGAGCAAGGUGUAAUCGGGACUCCUCAGUUAACGGAUUCGAUUGAAAUCCCGGAACAUGUUGAGGUUCUUGGUCAAAAGAUUGAUCUUAACCCGAUCAGAGGGUUACUUACCUCGGUACAAGACACAGCUUCGUCGGUGGCUAGAACCAUAUCGAACCAACCACCAUUGAAAUUCUCUUUGCCAGGGGACAAUGCGCAGUCGUGGCUCCUCACGACUUAUUUAGACAAAGACAUUCGGAUCUCUAGAGGAGACGGUGGAAGCGUCUUUGUGCUCAUCAAAGAAGGAAGCCCUCUCUUAAACCCUUGA